UCCAUUCCCGGAGCGGCGGCCGCCGCGGCAACAGCAACAGCAGCAACUACGGUGCCGCGGCGGCCGCUGAGGCCGAGAGCCCCGAGCCCGCUCUCAAGCGUCCGCGCCAGGCUUCGGUUGAGCGGAGCUGCGCGGCCGCGGCGGGAGCCGGCGGAGAGGCAGACGCGGCGCCUCCGCCAGGAAGGGCUGUCGAAGAGGCCCUGAAGGGGGACAGGGCGGUCCCCGCCGCCUGUGUCAGCGGCCAGCCGGGCGAGGCUGCCGCGCCGGCGGGGGCAGCAGGAGAAGGCUGGAGCUGUGCGGAAAACGGGGCCCGGUGGUGGGGCCUGGUCCGAGAGGAGACGCCGCCGCACCAACGGCAACUGCCGCGGGGGCAGAGCCAAGGGGAGGGCGCGGAGGCGGCGCCCGCCGGAGAAACAGCGGAGACGGCCAUUGGCUGCGGCCCGGCGCAGUCUUCGAACGGCGCGGCUGAGGCGGAGAGGGCGCCGCAAACUGGUGAGAAGCCGCCGGGGACGGAGGGAGCAGCGGCGCAGAGGCUUGACAGCGAGACCGCUUGGCGCCAGGAGCCCGAUGUAUUUUUUAGUGAUGAAAUUAUUGCAAAUGGCUUCCAUUCUUGUGACAGUGAUGAAGAUGAUAGAACCUCUCAUGCAAGUUCCAGUGAUUGGACUCCAAGGCCACGGAUAGGUCCAUACACUUUUGUCCAACAACAUCUCAUGAUAGGCACAGAUCCACGUGCAAUUCUGAAAGACCUAUUGCCAGAAACAAUUCCUCCUCCUGAAUUGGAUAAUAUGACAUUAUGGCAAAUUGUCGUUAAUAUUCUCUCAGAACCACCUAAAAGAAAAAAGAGAAAAGAUAUUAAUACUAUAGAGGAUGCAGUGAAACUCCUGCAAGAAUGCAAAAAAAUAAUUGUAUUGACUGGAGCUGGGGUAUCAGUUUCUUGUGGUAUUCCUGACUUCCGAUCAAGAGAUGGUAUAUAUGCCCGCCUAGCAGUUGAUUUCCCAGAUCUUCCUGAUCCUCAAGCAAUGUUUGACAUAGAAUACUUCCGAAAAGAUCCAAGGCCAUUUUUCAAAUUUGCCAAGGAAAUAUAUCCUGGACAGUUUCAGCCAUCUCUUUGUCAUAAAUUUAUUGAUUUAAUGGAUAAAGAAAGAAAACUCCUUCGCAAUUAUACUCAGAACAUAGAUACACUGGAACAAGUUGCAGGAAUUCAAAGGAUAAUCCAGUGCCAUGGUUCCUUUGCAACGGCUUCUUGCCUCAUCUGUAAAUACAAGGUUGAUUGUGAAGUUGUACGAGGAGAUAUUUUUAAUCAGGUUGUUCCUAGAUGUCCCAGAUGUUCACCUGAUGAACCCCUUGCUAUCAUGAAGCCAGAAAUAGUAUUCUUUGGUGAAAAUCUACCAGAGCAGUUUCACAGGGCCAUGAAAUAUGACAAAGAUGAAGUUGAUCUUCUGAUUGUUAUUGGGUCUUCACUUAAAGUAAGACCAGUAGCAUUGAUUCCAAGUUCCAUCCCACAUGAAGUGCCUCAGAUUCUAAUUAAUAGGGAACCAUUGCCUCAUCUACACUUUGAUGUCGAGCUUCUUGGUGACUGUGAUGUUAUUAUCAAUGAAUUAUGUCAUAGAUUGGGUGGAGAAUAUUCAAAACUUUGUAAUAGUUCCAUUCAGCUUUCAGAAAUAACAGAGAAACCUCCACGGCCUCACAGAGAGUUUGAAAAACAUUUAACAGAGUUACCACCCACUCCUUUAAACAUUUCUGAAUCUUCUAGUUCAUCUGUCAGAAUUCCAUCACAAGAUUCUCAAGUGAUACAUUCAGAGCAUUCUGAUCAAUAUAAAGCAGGAAAUUCUGAUGUUGCUUUGGAAUCUAAGGAAAACUCUAUAGAAGAAAGACCACUAGAAGUCCAUAACUCUUUAGAAAAUUCAGAAGGUACUCAUGGUCAGUUAAAAACUACAGAACAUGUGAAGGAACCUGGAUCUAAUCAAGAAGAAAACAAAGAAACAAGUGAAAAAAUCUCUGUUGAAACAGUGAGAAAAUAUUGCUUGAAUAGAUGUGCAAAAGAGCAAAUUAGCAAGCGGCUUGAUGGUACUCAAUAUUUGUUUUCACCACCAAAUCGCUAUAUUUUCCAUGGCGCUGAAGUUUAUUCAGACUCUGAAGAUGAUGUCAUCUCCUCCAGCUCUUGUGGAAGUAGCAGCGGUAGUGGAUCAUGUCGGAGCCCAAGCUUAGAUGUAGAAGAGGAGAGUGAACUGGAAGACUAUUACAAUGGCAUAGAAGAAGAAGAGGAGGAGGAGGAGGAAGAGGCCGACACUCCUGACAGAGAAGAGGAGAAUGGAUUUGAGGAAGAUGGAACUGAUCUUCCAGAAUCUGUUGACGAAUCAAUUUCUGUAAAUCAGACAGUAGAAUUUGACAGUUCAUCAGACAAGUUGUAAGAUAAUUACUGAUUUAUUUCAGGAACUUUUCCACCAGCAUUAGCAAUUUCGGCAUGUUGGAAUGAAUGUAUACUGAAUUCAGAACAAGGCAAACAACGAUGUUUAUAAACAUUAGAGUAGAUUUUCAUGCAUAGUUUUCUAACUUUUCCAAUUGAAUUCUAUAAAGACACACUCAACACUAAUCUUUAUUGAAUUUUGAGUUUUGUGGAAGGUACUAAGUAUCUUUUACUGUCACUACAUUCAUUGUUAUUAAUAUGUGUUGUGUGAGUGUGUGUAUUCGCACAUAUACAUUAUUUUUGGCUUUAUAAAUCUCACCCUGUGUUAUUUCUGAACCAUUUAAAAAGCCAUCAUAAUAUUAAUAUAAUAUAAAGGGAACAGCUAAUCUAGACCAAAGAAUGGUAUUUUUCAUACCUCUCUUGCUUUGCAACAUUUCAUUUUAUUUAUGUCUCCUUAGUCUGCUGCUGCAAGAAUAUGUUGUUAAAUAUGAAGAUUUUCCCCAAAUACCUAUGGCAGCUAUGUUUUCUGAACUCUUCAUGUUGGAUAUAUUUGCAUGCAAUCAUAUUAGAUGUUAAUUAGACAUCAGUGAGCAUCUGAAAAUUCCUUAGGUUACCAGAAAAUAGCAUUUUAAAAACCUAUUUAAAUAAAUGAAAAUGCUAUUUUUAAAAUAAAGGCUAAAAUAAAGCAAUUUUCUGUAGAUACAUAAUAAUGCUUAUUGGCUUACAAAAUUACAGGAAGAAAGUAUUAGAUAAAUCAUUAACCCUGUUAACAUGAGUAUUUAGUGCAGGAAGUUGGUAUAUAAAACAAUGUAUAAAAUCUUUGUGUAUGCUGCCAAGAUGUGAAUAUUUAAGUGUUGGAAGGUGUAUAUAUAAUGUUCAGGAUAGAUGGAAUUUUUGCCCAAGAACAAAAGUGUUUCUAUACUUUUCAGUACUUUUAUACAAACAUUUAAUGAGAGCUAUUCACGCAUCCAGUAAAACACAAAAUUCAAUUUUACCUUAACUUUAAAAUAUGCUGCUUAAAGGCUUCUCUGUUUAGAGAACCUCAUUACCACUCCUUGAUAGAUUGAUGUAGAAAAAGCAGCAACCGAAAUGAGUUCCAAUGCUGCUUCAAAACUGCCUCUUGAAAUAGAUGUGUCAAAUGUUUCAGCUGUAGAUUGUCUCAAUCCUUUGUGCUUCGUUUGAUCGUAGGUUUUUAAUUUCUUCUUGAAAACACUUUUCAGCUGAACCCCGUAGUUAAAACCAGUUGCCAAUAAUUCUUUCGCAUUUCUUUAAUAUUCCAUUUUGAAAUAUAUAGAGUUGUUCUUUUCAAACAGACAGUACAUCCAAUUUGUAACACGGCAUAAUGAAGUGUUAAAAAUGGCAUUUUGUGUUCAUUUGAAAUGUUGGCAUGUUUUCUUGUUGUCCAAGUUAUAAAUAGAACUUGAACAAUUACACUUAAAAGAAUGCAAUAUGUUUAGCUUGGCAUGCAUGUCAAACUGUAUUUGUGCUAUAGGAGAUAUUUUAAAUGGAAAUAUUUUGUUUUAAAUUAUUUUUACAGUGUGAAUUAUUUUCUGCUUUUAUAUUGUAUAUAGUGUCUUUUAUGUAACCAACUGGCAGAUGUUUUGUAGAAGAUUGUUUAAAUUGACCUAGCUCUCUUCCUGCAACUUUUGAAAUACAAAACCAGUGUUUUAUACUCAGUCUGAUUUAAAUCUAUUAAAUUGUUAACUUUUGGAUGCUGUUA